AUGCCUAUCGAUCAAUCGUCUCCGAUACAGAGAGCUGUUGCUGAGCUUUCAUCUAGCACACGCUAUAAUGAUAACGAUCAUGACACAAGCCUGAAAUCUCUCUGCGAAUCAUGUCGGGGGAUAGAUUGGUCAAAUAUUACAGAACCGAAAAAGUUCAAGGGGACAGAAUCUUCGAUGGUUUGCCCGAAUGGACGCAACACAAAACUCGUCCGAACAUUCGAGGGAAAUUCCCGAAGCCAACUGCUCAACUCAAGUUGUCGCGUCUGUCGCCUGGUUGGGAGUCUUGUCAAUCCAAACUCUGGUAUCCGAACCCCUGAUCAGUCUCUAGAAUUAAGUGACCAAUCGCAGAAUGUAUGUUUAGAAGCUUGCGAGGAUAUGAUUGAAACAUGGGGGUCCGAAGAGCGAGAUCCGUGUGUGAAACUGGCGGUUCGAUCUACUGCAACUGGUUCAAAGAGGAUAGAUAGCUACGAAGACCACCCUCGCUUCAUCAUAGCACACAAAUCCAGGAACAAUGGGAUCGCUGUUAUUCGCAUCAUAGAACCCUUAAGAGUCAAAUUCGAUUUUGUUAGACAAUUGUUGGACGGAUGCCUUAAGGAUCAUGAACAGUGCCAGUCUCCGAAGGUAGAAGUUGCAAAACUGCGUGUCAUCGAGGUCACCACGAAAAAGAUUUGCCAGGCUCCACCAUAUUGUGAAUACACCGCUCUCUCUUAUGUUUGGUGUGGCAACUCUGCUUGCGAGAGUACUCAAGGGGAGUUCCCAGCAGUCGUACAAGAUGCCUUCACAGUCACUGAGGCCUUAAGCUACCAUUAUCUCUGGUGCAUCGACCAAAAGCCAGACUCCCCUCACAUGCAGUCUAUGAUCGACCAGGUGGAUCUCGUCUAUAGCAACGCCCACGCCACUAUGAUCGCAGCUUCCGGUAGCAGUGCUAGUGAUGGGUUACCAGGGAUCAGUAUCCCACGCUAUCAAUCCUACGCAGUCGUUGGGCCGCUACUGUCCAAAAUUGUUCCAACAUUUCUUGUAAGGCCCGGUAUAUUUCUUGGUAUCCCGGUACAAUUUAGAGUUGCACAGAUUAGGCCUGGUACUACCCAGCGGUGGGCAGUUCCACAAAGAACCAGAUGUCUAUAA